AACCGAGCCAUCGAAAGCCAAGAGCGCCCAAGAGAGAGUCACGAGCGUCGUCUCCGCCGAGUCAUCUGGUCGGCCGAACUUGGAGCGAAUAUCUGCUGCGCCGUCUGUUUAUUUGCUUCUUACAAUCACCUCCUGCUGACCAACCACGUCAGCCUACUGUGAGGUCACGAGGCAGGCUAUGAUUGGAGGAGGCAACACUAUAAUUGAUCUCCCGUAGCAGCGGGGUUGGGGUGGACCGGCGGCGUUAAGAAGCUGUGAGCAGAUCCACUCUGAAUCAGAGGAAGAGGAGAAGAGCUGAAGCAGGGAGGGGAGAGACAUGACCCUGGGACUGAUCAAUGCGAAUCCGGUGGUUCACGCCAAGAAGGAGAGGAUCGCUCGCACCGAAGAUCUUCACGGCGACGACGCCGUCGAUCCUCUCGAAAUUUAUGAUAUCCUAUUGGACAUAAGAGAUCCGGAGCAUCCUUAUUCUUUGGAGCAGCUCAGUGUUCUCUCGGAGGAAUCCAUUACUGUUGAUGAGAAGCUCGGGCGCAUUCUGAUCACUUUUACGCCAACCAUCCAGCAUUGCAGCAUGGCAACAGUAAUUGGUCUGUGCCUGAGGGUUAAACUGAAACAUUUCUUUCCUCCACAUUUUAAGGUUGACAUCAAAGUGUCUCCUGGAUCUCAUGCAAACGAGGAAUCAGUAAACAAGCAGUUGAAUGACAAAGAAAGAGUUGCUGCUGCCCUGGAGAAUCCAAACCUUCGUCAACUGGUUGAUGAGUGCCUUUACUCUAGUGAACUUUGAUCAAGUGUGCUUGCCGUUGAGUUGCUGACCCCCUGGAGACCUGAACCUUCACCAGCUCGUGGAUGAGUGCCUUUACUAUGGUGAAUUUUGAUCAACUUACUGUCAUAGAAGCUGUUGCAUAAUACUGGAGCACUCGACUAAUGUGAUCUUCUUGGUAUGUAGUAUAAGGAGAAUGUGACUUGGGGGGUGGGGGUGAUGGUGUUACUUGCUGGUUGUUAUGGCCAUGGGCGUGGUGUUUGAGACGAGCAACUUCUCAUUUGUAACGAGGGGAGUGAAGAAUGUGAAUGCGCCUUGAUGUAUUAUAAUAUAUAUUAAUAUAUAGUAUAGUGUUUUCUUGCACCAA